AUGGCGUCGUUUACAUGUGAGGAAGCAAUAUCUCUCGUUUUUCAUGAUUCUGAGUCCGAAUUUGACAGUGAAGGGGAAAAUUCAAGUGAUGAAAGUCUCGGCAACUCUGGUGAUGAGUCAUUUGAUGAAAUUGAGCAACCAACUCGCAAUAUAGCGAUCGAUAAUCUACAUGUGGUUGAAUCUAACACGAAUGACAAUGACUUCACAAGCUUUUCAUGGGAAUUUUAUUCUUACUUGGAUCCUUUUGAGUCGGAUUGGCUUCCAGACUACAUUGAAAGACCUGGCAUUCUUGUGGAUACUACCGAGUUUGAGCCUGUUGAUUAUUUUUAUCAAUAUUUUCCAGAAGAAGCAUUCAACCUGAUAGCAGCAGAAACUAACAGGUAUGCAGAUCAAUUUUUUGACACCCCAGUUGAUUUUUCUCCAUCUUCACGUUUUCAUACGUGGACUGACACAUCUGUUGAUGAAAUAAAAGCAUUUGUGGCUCUGCAAAUUGCCAUGGGGCUUUGUAAUAAACCUGCCAUUAGUGAUUAUUGGAAUACCUAUUGGCUUACAACCACUAACUUUGGAGAUGUCAUGUCUAGAAAUAGGUUUGAAUUAUUACAAACAUUUUUACAUUUCAAUGAUGUUGCUAAUCAAGUUUCAAAGGGUCAAGACGGCUAUAAGCCAUUAUUUAAAAUCCAGCCAUUGUUGGACAUUUGCAAUCCUUUGUAUGAAAAAGUAUACCAGCCAAAAAAAUGUCUUUCAAUUGAUGAGAGUAUGAUCAAGUUCAAAGGGCGCAUAUUUUUCCGACAAUAUCUACCAAAUAAACCCACAAAAUGGGGCAUCAAAGCAUUUGUUUUAUGUGAAUCUGAAAGUGGUUAUUGCCUGAAGUCAAAAAUUUAUACAGGGAAAGACUGUUUUGAAAGGGAUUCAGAUAGUCUACUCUCCGAUCAUGUGGUGUUAAGUUUGCUUGAAGGUUAUGAAAACAAGGGACAUUUUGUUUUCAUGGAUAAUUUUUAUUCAUCCCCUAUACUAUAUGCAAAACUUGAAUCAAAAAAGAUCGGUGCAUGUGGAACAGUCAGAGGUAACAGGCGUGGAAUGCCGAAAGAGUUACUCCAACAGAAUAUAAAGCUAAAGAAGGGAGAUGAUCCUGUGUUUAUGCGAAGUGGGAAUAUGGUUGCCUGUGCUUGGCAUGAUACCAAGCGUCUCACUAUGCUCAGUACCAUUGACACAAAUUUAACAGUUGACAAGGAAAUAAGAAGUAAAGACCAUGCCAGUGGGCAUAGAACCGUUGAAAAGCCUGUAGCUGUUGCAAGAUAUAAUCACAGCAUGGCUGGUGUUGAUCGUUUUGAUCAAAUGUUGGGCACCUACCAGUACCCACACAAAAGUGUGAAGUGGUACCAUACACUAUACCACAGAGCAAAAGAAACAGCCCUGGUGAAUGCAUAUAUUGUUUACAGAAAGGCUGACAAACAAAAUAUUCUUGAUCCACAGAGGUUUCGCCAACAUGUAAUUAACGGUUUGUUGGAACACUGGCAUUCUAACAGGAAACGAAAAGGUCGGCCAAGCAUUGCUCCACUUCCCUUGCGAAUGACAGGACAACACUUUCCUGACAAGUUUGAGAAUAAAAAGUACAAACCUGACUGUGAAGUGUGCUCUGAUAGAAAAAGAGGUAAUCGACGGCAAACAAGUUUUUGUUGCAAGCAGUGCAAUGUACCACUGUGUAUUUCACCAUGCUUCGAACGCUACCACACUUUGAAACAAUACAAAAUGUGA